AUGGUCGUCACGAACGAGACGUCGCGCCUGCUCCCUCGGUCUCCUGACCAUCGUUCAAGCAGUAACCUCCAUCCUGAACCACUGGAUGCCAAGCAUUUGCCCGUUGCUACCAACGGUUUCGAUGUCGAGACAAAAGAGCUCGGAACGUCAAGCUCUCAAUCGCUCAAAGUCUCUCUACUGUCCCUUGGCCACUGGUUGGGCCGCAAUUGCGCCGUGCCAUUCACGCUCCUCAUGUCCGCUAUCGGGGCUGGCACGUUGGCUGUACCCUACACUUUUGUGCUCCUAUCGCCACUUCAGGCGAUCUCCGUCCUGUGCUGCGUGGGACUUGCUAUGGGUUAUACAGCGGAUAUCCUCGUAGACGUUCAUGUCUCGGUGGCAAUCGAAACCGCGACGAACACAUCGCCGCAGCGGAUUGAGACGUACCAACAGUUGGCACGGAAAGCUGGCGGCAAAUUGCUGGCUCGCUUCACCGGGACGUUGACGGCUUUUGCGGUGUUUGGCGCGUGUGUUGGCUGCAUUUGUGUGGUCAAAGACAUGGCACCGACAUUGUUGACUGCUGUAAUAGCGGAUUUUCAUGAGAGACCACCGGACGAGCAGCAGCACGCGGUGGUAAUCGCAGUUUGGCUCGUCGUGCUCGUUUUGGUUCUUCCUUUGGGCUGUCUGACCGACAUCUCGACAUUGCGCUAUUCGUCGUACUUUGGCGUAGCAUUUUCGCUCUAUCUUGUUGGUGCCGUAGCAUACCGCGCUCUUGUCGGUGGUGGGGAAGCUGAAGCUGAUCGGGUUGAUGCAGUAGCAUCCGCUCUGGAGCGGGAAACACCCUUGUUCUGGCGCAUUGCGGAAGUGGUGGGGAUUUACAAUUUCACCUUCAUGCUGCACCUGAAUGUGGUUCCGCUGCUUGUACAGCUUGAGACUACUGAGAUGACAAGAAGACAGGAAGCAGGUGGUGAGAAGGCCGAUGCAAAAGCAGUUGCAGCUGUACCUAUCUUGCGAUACACGAGACGAACGAUGCGACUUUAUCUGGCGCUGGCAGUGGGUGCAUGUGUGUUGCUGUACGCGACUUUUGGUGUUUGCGCCGCGCAGAUCUACGGAAGUCGAACUCGGGGUAACAUCUUGCUGAAUCUCUCAAGUGACCAGAUUAUGGCGGUGCCUCGUGUCGCGAUUCUAUUGACAAUCCUGCUGUCCUUCCCGCUGUUGUUUCACCCGCUGCAAUCGUUGGUUCUCGAAACGAUUGCGGUCUGUACUGCGUCAAAGAGUGAGGAAAAGUCGGAUGAGGAACAAGGGCAAACCCACACGUUGUCACAACCAGUGCAAGCAAGUGCAACUGUGCUGCUAUUGAGUGCGCAGAUUCUCUGUGCAUUGCGUGUACCAGGACUACAAGUGGUGUUUUCGUUUGUGGGAGCCAGCAUCUUACUGAUGCUGUGUUACCUGUUUCCGCUGGUAUGUUACAUACAACUUGCACCGUGGCGCUCUGGUCGUAAGGAACGAACACGCCUUGUUUUUUUGCUGGUACUAGCCGUAGUGGCAGUUGUAUUUUGUGUCGCUGCAACGCUACAGCUCGUGGUAUCGACAUGA